AUGCGUGCCAACACUAUCACCAUCAUAUUCUCUGCUUACCAUGUUGGAAUACGUGAUCAUCGUGUCGGCAAUGGCCCGCACCGCAUACUCCCUUUAGGAGUCGUCCAAGAACUCCAACAGCUCGGGGUGCAAGUUGACGUUGCCGAAAUCGAGCCAGUGGACAAUUUCGAGGGGGAAAUUGGACGCAGUUUCGAAUUCAUGCGGCACCUCGAUGUCCUAGACUCCUCAUACGGUAAAGUCAAUGAUUACCCAUCCGCGGGAGGAAUGUUUGGGUCCGACCUAAUUACAAAUUUGGCCUUGCUGCCUAAGAAAGCCACGCCAAGGAGUCUCACUGUUUGCUCUUUUGAUCCUGACGCUGGCGAUGGGGAUAAAAUUGCCAGUAUUGCUGUUCGUGCCAUUUCGGCUUUCACCCGUUCUUUAUUAGAGAUGGGUCUCUUGGGUUCUAAUGCCUGA